AUGGCUGAUGUCUGGUCGUGUGGCGUCAUUCUCUACGCCCUACUAGUGGGUGCUCUUCCCUUUGACGAUGAAAAUCUACGCAAUCUCCUGGAGAAGGUGAAAAAGGGAAAUUUCCUAAUUCCUCCAUUCGUUCCUCCCGACUGCCAAGCCCUCCUCCGAGCUAUGAUUGAGGUCGAUCCUAAGAAAAGAAUAUCGGUAUGUUUGGUUGCUAGGCAACCAACAAUGACAUCUAAUAGUCAUUUUGAGCCAAAUGCGCUUGAUCAGGAACCUCCGCUACAAACAGAACUUCCAAUGUCUCAGGCUGUGCAAACCUCCAUCAUUCCAUCUCGUGAAGACGUCGAUCCCGAUAUUUUCGCCACUAUGACCUCCUUGCAGUGCUUUAGAAAUGAGAGCAAACUCUACGAUGCCCUGCUUUCACCCUUUCACAAUACGGAGAAAGUGAUAUACUUCCUUUUACUCGAUCGGAAGAUAAGGAGUCCCUGUUAUGAAGAUCCCGAUGAAAUCCGCUCGCGGAGCACUACAGAUCCACCACGGAAACGCAUCGACAGCCUUAGAAUUGGUCUCAACGGAACCGUGCGGCUCUCGUUGGGUGAUCUCAGCGAAGGCUCCCCACUAGCCGGUCGUCGUGGUCUGGCAGUACAGAAAUUACGAAAACAAUCAGCCAGCACCAAUCUUGAUACUCGCUCGAGUACCCCCGUCAGUCCAAUCAGUUCACCUCUGGGUUACGUCCGAGGUCACCUCCGAAUGAGUGGCUAUGAGGCUUGCAGUCCCAUAGAGGAAAUCAUCGAUCAGUACAAAAAACACGUCAUUGCAUCACCGACGCGUAAUCGGGUGGAUGCACCGCUGAUCAUGAGGAAACAUCCGAACGUGCAUCAGGGCCAGCUUCUCUCCCCAUCCCGCAAUCAGCAGCGAUUCUCGCAGAUCCGUCAGUCUGCUGUCCAAACCCCUUCAGAGCUGGUCUCGCCAUCAACAGAGCGAAAAAGUACUGUUGGCAGUCCGAAUUCACCUACUCCGAUUUCUGCGGAAGAUGACGUCUUGAGAAAGAUUGUUAGUCCUCAAAGCCUCACACAUAUACCUCGACCCACAGUUGUCUCGGAGGAGAAUAAGGAUACAACAUCGACGAGAGCAGAUAUUCAUAAACUCGAGCAAAAGAAAACUUGCAAUGCUAAUGGCAACUCAAAGGAGAGUGCUAAUGGCUCCGAGUCUCGGUCGGUAGAGGUAUCCGCUGGCACCGCCACUUCUCCGCUCUCGCCACAACAUUGGCGUGCCCGACUCAACAGCCUUCGUUUUAACUUUCUUGGCUCACCACGGUUCCAUCGAAAGAAGGCGACUGUUACAAACACUCCUCCUGAAAGCCCUGUUGAGUAUAACUCCCGACUGGCAUUCAAAAAUGCAUCUCGACGCGGAUCUACAGCUACCCCUGAGGUCUCACCCAUCCUCAGUAAUAAGUCAUGGUUUGACGGAUUCCUGCCUCUCAGUCUUCAUAAUGGCAGUUCCAAGGCAAGUCAUCGGAACAAUGGGAAUGUCAGCGCACUCAAAGUGCCAGCCACACCGAGUACCGGUCGCCAUGCCUUUCGCAGCAGUAUCGGAGGUAGUCAAAAGAAGGCAGUUGCCUCACCACCACCGCCGACGCCACCGCCUCCACCGAUAUCACCAACGAGGAAUACUCCGCGGACUAGGACUCAACAACAGGCGCACCUCAAUAGAUUGGCUCUGUCUACGAGAAAAGCGAUGGGAGCUAAUAAGUCGGGCAUUCCUCUCCCCAUUACCGCAGUCAUGCAGUCAAAUGUGGGCAGCGUCUACAGUGGAGCGAGUCGGGAUUAUGGCUGUGGAGUGAAUGCGCUGCCACCGGAGGAGACUAAUCAUGUGGCAAUGGUAAAAGGAAGGCCAUUUAACCGAGUAAAAUCGGAGAUAACACAGGCAAGUUAUAAAUAG